AAUGCCAGCCUAGCUGCCAGUAUGCACACCCUCGACCACCUGGCAGGGGUGGCCAAUCGUGCCGCCAUCCACUACACUGGAGAAAGUCAAUUGCGUGAGGUCCUGCAGAACCUUGGCAAAGAUAAGUUCCUCCCUCAGUCCUUUGAGCAGGUGGGCACACGCAUCGCUAAAGUACUGGAGAAGAAUCAGACAUCAUGGGUAUUAUCCAGCAUGGCUGCACUGUAUUGGAGGGUGAAAGGUCAAGGCAAGAAAGCAAUCGACUGCCUACGACAGGCCCUCCACUACGCCCCCUAUCACAUGAAGGAUGUGCCCCUUAUCAGCCUGGCCAACAUCUUCCAGAACGCUCGGCUAUGGAAGGACGCCCUCACAGUCGCCCGUAUGGCCGUAGAAAUUGCCCCACACUUCGUUGUGAACCACUUUACCCUUGCCAAUGUCUAUAUAGCAAUGGAGGAGUUUGAGAAAGCCAUGCUCUGGUAUGAGUCUACUCUAAAACUGCAGCCGGAGUUCGCCCCUGCCAAAGAUCGUCUGAGAACCAUUCAGUGUUACCUCCUCACCAAGAGGGAACGCCGUCAGCCCUAAACCACUCUCCAAGUCUGAAUCAAGGAGCGCCACACACACGCACUCAAACAUACACAUGUAUGUGCACAUUCAUCUAAUGACCACACAUAAAACAAAAUGUAAGAAACUUGUUGUUCAGGUAAGGUAUCAAGAUUCAUACCCAGUCAAAUAAUCUGGGUUCUUUUCCUUUGAGCUCAAACUCCCCCAAAAAAUUGAGUUUGAAAUGUAAGAGAACUGUCGAGGUCACAGGACUUCUUGUUAUCAAACGAUCAAGAUGUCUGUCAAACAGUUUUUUUGUUUUGUUUAGUUUUCCUAGGUUUGCUUGACUUGCAAAAAAUGAAAGGGAAUAAUAUUGAAUAAGGCUGUGAAGUUGCUGUUAAUUCUUCUGCAGCACCUUAAUUUUAGGGUAAAAAAAAUGUUGCUUCAUAAAAUGGAUGAGAAUUCUCAGUUUUUGCACUUUUUUUUAUCAUUCCUAUUUGUAUGGGACCUACACACCGUUUGUGCGCCAAGCUAAUUUAAAUACACAAAGAGAAAAUGAAAUAUGCUAUUACAUUUGCUUCUUAACUUAUGGAAAUCAUCUCAUAGAAAAAGGAUUUGCCAGUGACCAUUUAUAAAAAAAAAAAAGUGGAAUCUGUAUUAAAUGUACAGUAUUAAAGGCAUUGCGUGGAUGUUUUGUUCAUUUCUUUGUCUCUAGGAUUUUAAAACACUCCUUUAAGCUGACGCUCUCAGCAUCGUAACAUUUCACUCUUACUGCUUCAAAACCGAUAUCCCUAUAUAAUCCUAUAUCCCUGAUCGGAAGCAGUCAUAAACGUGACUGCAUUUUAUUUUUCUAGUAAAUAUUUUAGAAUCAGCCUGAUGGUGGCACUGUCUAACUUUUUUUAGACAAACUCCUUUUGUCAGCACUUAAAUCUGCCCUUUUUUGUAUGAUAACCUCAGAUACAUUGUACUAUAUCCAAUUGAAAGUCAGUUUUGUGAUCAGAACCACAGAGCAAUCUAUAUAGUUUGGAAUCUCAUAUAAUUUUAAGAUGACCAAAAUCUAUAUGUAUGAGUUCUAUAAUGACUUUAUAUGCAUAGUUUUAGUUCAGCAAUUAGGUACACAAUGAGAUGAUAGUUAAAGGCAGUGGAGUACUGGACUACAUUAUAUUUAGAGGUGUUUAUUUUUUUUACACAUACAGUACAAGAGAUGGUCAGAAUAUAAGGAAUACUUAAUAAAUAUAAUGUAUUUUUACAUCCACAAAUCAGAUAAUUUCAAAGACACUGAAUAUACCCGUAAUAGAUGCAUACCUGAAAGGG